AUGGGGAACACUGACUCCAAAUCCAGUUCGAUCCUGCUGAACCACUGCAUCGCUCUGGUUCGACCGGAAGACGCAUCCGCGUCUCCGUCCUCGCCUACGCCCACGCCCUCACCCUCCCCUUCGCCCUCCUCCUCGACUAGUGUUGACCCGUUGAGUCUAAACCUGUCAAUCUUCAAACCGGGCACCGGGCCUGACGUCGGUGCCCUGUUCAGCGGCAAGCCGGGCGUCGUGCUCGACGUCGACGCCGUCUUCAACGAGUUCUACUUGGACUUCAUAUCCAUGGACGUGCAGGCCUUCCGCAUCAACUCCAACUUCAAAAAAAUCCUGCGCAUUAUCUGCGAUUUGAACCCGCCCAACUUCAACAACUUGCUUGUCUUCCUUUCGCUCUACAUCAUCCUCUCCGCGAACUGCCUGCCCGCCUCCCGUACGGGGCUCCAUUGCUCCCGGCUCAUCAACGCCAUCAAGACCCUCUCCAUCCUCAUACCCAUCUACUUCGAUCGGAUCAAGGCCGGCACGCAGGAGCACCACGACGUCUUCUGGGCCACGCAACACGAAAUAGAGGUUCUCUCGCUCCAAAACACCCCGCUGGGAGAAAGGCUGCUCUUGGCGAUCUUGAAACUGGCCUUCCAGGAGAACUUCACCACUGCCGCGACCGCCCAUCCGGAGCAACUGUGGGAAAUCGGCAUCUUGACCAACUCCGACAAGUACCGCCCGCUACUGGGCGUGCACCAGCAAUGGCACCUUUUCGCCAACAGGUUGCUUCUUUUACGUCUGUUGGCGGCUCUGUGUUCGUCGGACUUGUACUCAAGCGGCGGUAAGCAGGACGUAAACAUGUUUCUUGUCUACUGGUGCGCGCAAAUGCCCAAGGACAAGACCAUCCAGUUCAUUUCUUCGCUUCUGAACUGUAGCAUGCGGUUCGUGCUCAACAACAAUAAGGACUUCCACAGUUUGAAAACCAAUUUCUUCAACUCCGAGGCGACGGCAAAUAAUUGGCAGACGCUUUAUUUCCAAUUCGCCCAGUCCUGCCUGCACGUCUUGAACCUCUCCAUGUCUUAUAAGGCAGAAGGCAACGUCAUCACCAUUUUCCUCACUCAAUUGCAACGGGAGUACGAUUUGAAAAUGAUCCUGUCCAGUUUCAUCAAGAUCUUCAAGUACUCCAUCGAUCUCGCCAUAGAACAGGAAUCGAACAUUUUCAACUUCACUGGCAACAAACACGUCGACACCACCAGAAGGAGAGCCGUAUCGGCCACCGCCCACGAUAACAUUUCAUCUUCUUCACGUGCUUCGUCGCCCAACGCAUCCUCGUUUGCCAAUAGUGCCAAGCCGCAGACCAAGACUCAAUUGCCUGACAUUCACCCGCUGUUGAUACCGAUGACCGUUCUCAUGACGAACUUGAUUGACUGCAAUAAAUGCUUCCAAAACUAUUUUGCAGAUAAGUUUGCCAACAGGUUCGUUAUAUUUUCCAUCUACUACAUAAAAUACUACGAUUACUCGUCUUCAUCGUCGUCUUCCUCCGCAACGAGCGCAAACUCAUUCUCCACUGGCAACGGUGCACCCAACGACACGAGAGAUGAGCACUCCAUUGUGGAAUUGAACGAAAAUAGCGUUUCUCAAAUUUUGCUGCCUUUACUUGAUCAUCUUUUGUUGAUUUUGACCUCCAAGAAGCUCGUUCUUUUCAAAAUGCUACAAACUUUCAACCUAAAUUACUAUACAAACAACCUUCCAAAUUUUUACAAACUCUCCAACAUCAAUGGCGAUAUCAAUAAUUUGACAUUUAGAGACUUUACAAUCAUACAGCUAUCCAAUUUGAUCUUGGACAACAUCAAGUUCAAUCUACAACCAAACCCAAUUUUUUAUGAGUUGAUUUAUAAUCUCUUACCCAUCAACGACGAAAUUUUGACCAGUUGUCACAAAAAUGACGACUCCCAUGAUGAUUUGAUCCUUCUAUCAGCAAAGAAAAAAUCUGCAUCACCAAGCGCUACCUCUAGCCACGCAUCGUCAUCCAAGCUGUCUUACAAUGCAGCAAUGUCCUUACUUUACAUUCUUUCCAAGUCAUCGAAUAAAGUCUACUUGACCACUUAUGCAACACCUAUGUUCAAGACAAAGGAAGUGCCGUAUAUGAUAUCGCCAGGCUUCAAAAUGGAUCUGUUGGCGCUACUGUUGAGGUCGAUUACAACAUUUUUCACCCUAUAUUUCGAAGACGCAGAGAAUUUGCUAUUUGCCAUGGCAAGGCAUCAAUCGAUUUGCCACCAGAUAAAUGACUCCAUAAGUUCCAUUACAAAAGCUUUGAACAUAAACCCGGAUUCCAAUCUGCACGUUAUGAACUUGAAACAAAUGGGAUUCAACAGGAAGCUUCAGUGGAAGGAUUUUUACCAAUUUGAAGAAAUAACUGAUUUGCCUCCAGUUAAUCUAUAUUCUCCUACGAGUCAGCAGCAGCAGAACCAACGACAAGGCCAAAAUGAUAAUCAGCGUCAGAAUAAAAACGAAGACCAAGGCCAAGAUAACGAAUCUUCAGCGCCCUAUUUGCUUUUCAACCCAGCUUCAUUAAGCAAUGAAACAUCGGGUACAUCAAAAUACGUUCCAAGUACGAACCAUGAUAAGAACUAUCAAGUUAUUGCGUUCGUUGAUUUCAAGUCGGAUUCCAAUUUGAAUUUGCAACAUCAACUGAAAUAUUGGCCGCAUAGGCCACAAUGGCCCAGACAAUUGACAUUUACUCACAAAUGUAAAAAUCCCAAGUAUGAGAAUUUCAAUGACGUUUGGUCCGGUACCGUUUAUUUGCAAAUUAUUUUUCGAGUAAUGAAACAAAUUUUAUUGAGAAUUCCUGAAAUUCCAAAAAUCAAAUCAGUACAGUAUUUUGAAACCUUAUCGAAAUUAUCGGCCCUCAAAUCUGAUCUAUUGACUUCAAUUCAUCCUCAAUUGCCGUUGGACAUCCGACGGUUGACAACCUUUCAGCCUUUGUCAAUGCAUACUAAUGGUGAACUGGUGAUGUGGUUCCAUAUUGCCACAUGGGCGAAUAUAUUUACGCAGACGUCCUUUAAAUAUGAAGAAACCUCUUCGCAUGAAUUAAGGCAUUUCGAAUCACUUUUAGACAUAAGCGUUGAUGAAACAGACGGUAAUGCCAUUUCAAAACCAACAACAGAUCGUUUAGGGUACAUCCGAAGAUCAAGAGGACAAUCAACUGCAAGUUUAGAGAGAACAAUAAGCGCGGGGUCGGGCGUAGGAACUCCAACGGCAGCUUUGAAUAGAACAAAAAGUAAUGGAAGUGGUAAUUUGAUGAAUUAUUUCUUUCAAAACACAGCACAAAACCAUUUCCAGCAUUUAAGAUCGUCUUCAUCUUCUUCCUCCAUUACUUUAGAGAGAACUACUUCUAAUGGUUCUUCGAUAAGGGCCAGACCAAAUUCUCAUCAUGUUGUCCCUGAAACUGAUAACAAUAACAGUAAUACUAAUAAUAGUAACAAUAAUAAUAAUAAUAAUAAUAUUAAUAAGGCCACCAAUAACAAUGGGAGCAACGAUAGUAAUAGUGGAUUUUCCUUUUUUAAGUGGAAAUGGGGGGGGAGCAGCAAUAAUAGUAACACUAAUGACUCAAAAGUCGAUCAAAGAGACGCAAAUGCCAAUACAUCAAACACCGCUGAUGAUUUGAAUAAUUACAUGUUCAACGAAGAAAUUAGUGCAGGUGUAGUGAAUAAUAUAAUUGAGAGUAACAUUUGGGUUGGAACUGACAUCCGACUAUUUAAAAUCGCAAACUUCAGAAAGGAAUCCUUUUCCUUCCUGGAAAUGACGUCUUCGUUUUUCAAAAAAUUUAAGUUCAUUAAUGGCGAUAAUGAUAAUUAUAAUAAUGACGAAUUUGAUGAUAAUGCACACUUAAGAUAUACUUCUAGAGGGUUGUAUAGAUAG